AGGAGUACUUGGCCGUGCGACUAUCCAAUUGCCCAUCUCCUCAUCAUGGUUUUCUCUGGGACAUCCUCGUCAUGGCUGGCGUCAGCUUUGGCUCUCCUAUCCUUCUUUUCUCUUCUUCUGCCGACUAAUGCCCUCUACUUCUACAUGGAGGGCCGGCAAACAAAGUGCUUCUUCGAGGACCUGCCUAAGGAUACUCUAGUAGCCGGCCGUUUCGAAACUGAAGUCCUGAACCCCCAGAGCGGCAUCUACGCGGUCGACCAUAACUUGAAGAUGCACAUCACUGUCGAGGAGACCUUCGACAAUGACCACCGCGUCGUAUCCAAGCGGGAUAGCCAUUCUGGUCGCUUCCACUUCUCCGCCGCGGAUCCCGGCCAGCACAGAAUCUGCUUCACACCUGAAACGGACGCCUCCUCCGGCUGGUUGUCCAACUCUUUGGGCGCCGUCAAGGUCACCGUCGACCUUGCCAUUGGUGAGACCAGCAAGAUUGAGCCUGAGGACAAGGACAAAAUCAAGGAUAUCGUGCAGCGGGUCAAGGAUAUGAACAGCCGAUUGCACGAUAUCCGUCGUGAGCAGGUGUACCAGCGGGAACGUGAGUCUGAAUUCCGUGACCAGUCUGAGACCACCAACUCGCGAGUCGUGCGCUGGACUCUUAUCCAGCUCGCCGUUUUGUCCGCCGCAUGUGCCUGGCAGCUUUCACACCUGCGGUCAUUCUUCAUCAAGCAGAAGUUGACUUAGAUGCCGCGUUGUCUUAUUCCCUACAGCAUACCUCGUUUCUUAUGCCUUGCAUCUUCCUUCCACCUCUGCUGUGGUCACGCACGUCGGUUUACGUGAAUAUUGAUGAUUGGUGCUUACAUGUGUUGUUAUACUGUUUUCCUAGCGAACGGCAGAUCUUUAAAU